GUGCCAGCCCCGGUGGGGCGGAAGCGGGAGCGCAAGCAGGUCAGCGACGAGGACACCUCGCUGUCGGAGAGCGACGCCCCCCGAAAGCCUGAGGAUGAAGAGGAGGACGAGACCACGGCCAUGAGCAUCAAUGAGGAGAUGCAGAGGAUGCUGAACCAGCUGAGGGAAUAUGACUUUGAGGAUGACUGUGACAGCCUCACGUGGGAGGAGACAGAAGAAACGCUGCUCCUUUGGGAGGACUUCUCUGGAUACGCCAUUGCAGCUGCAGAGGUGCAGGGGGAGCAGGAUGACAGCCUGGAGAAGGUGAUCAAGGACACAGAGUCGCUGUUCAAGAGCCGUGAGAAGGAGUACCAGGAAACCAUCGACCAAAUAGAGCUGGAGCUGGCCACGGCCAAGAACGACAUGAACCGGCACCUGCACGAGUACAUGGAAAUGUGCAGCAUGAAGCGAGGCCUGGACGUGCAGAUGGAAACUUGCCGGCGGCUCAUCACCCAGUCUNNNNGCAGAAAGUCUCCUGCCUUCACCCCAGCUUCCAACAGUGAGUCGGCCCCAAAUGAGGAGAGCGAGGAGUCUGACCGCGACCCCCCCAGCGACGCCUCCAUCAGAUAA